AUGUCGCUAGCAUUUGAGGAUAAAAACUUGAUGGGAGCCAUUCCAUCUGAAGUCGGUAAGCUCCAACUCCAAGGUCUGUAUCUUUAUGGCAACAAAUUGCAAGGGAAUAUUCCAGAGGGAGAAGUUCCACAUGAUAUUGAAGGCCAUUGUAAAACUAGAUCUUUCUGUGGUUACUUCAUCCUUUGUGAUAUUAUUGAUGGUGUUAGCUUGGAUAAUAAUGAAACAAAAGACGAAAGGAAAUUCCAAAGACGUGGAAAAGGAGGUUCUGGCUCUGUGUACAAAGGUACAUUAUCUAGUGGAACUGUGGUGGCAAUAAAGGUUCUCGAUUUGCAAAAUGAUGAAGUAUGCAAGAGGUUUGAUACUGAAUGUGAAGUGAUGAGAAAUGUUAGGCACAAAAACCUUAUUUCAGUGAUUACUACUUGUUCUAGUGAAUACAUAAGAGCCUUUGUUCUGCAGUAUAUUCCCAAUGGAAGUCUUGAGAAUUGGUUGUACAGAGAAGAUUGCCACUUGAACCUUCUUCAAAGAGUCAACAUAAUGCUUGAUGUGGCUGUGGCAAUUGAAUAUCUACACCACAGUCAUUAUACUCCAAUAGUUCAUUGCGACCUAAAGCCAGACAACGUUCUUUUGGAUGAAGAAAUGGUGGCACAUGUUGGUGAUUUUGGCAUCUCUUAA